UAACCCAAUUAAGUAUUCGAUUCAUAUUACUUCAACAGGCACCAAUUAAGCAUUCUGAUCUCUCUCUUGAUCUCUCCCUCCCCUCUCUAUAUAUAAUAUACUUGACCAACUUUAAAGUCUCAAAUAUCAGUAAAGUAUUUUCUUUGGAAUUUUUUUACCUUGAAAAGAUGGGAGACAACAUGAGUGGCAACCUUCCUCCUGGUUUUCGAUUCUGCCCAACCGAUGAAGAACUUGUCCUUCACUUUCUCUUUCACAAGGCUUCACUCUUAUUACCAUGCCAUCCCAGCAUCAUUCCGGAUCUGGAUCUUUGUCUGCAAUAUGAUCCUUGGGACUUCAAUGGUAAGACAUUAUCCAGUGGAAGGAUAUUCUACUUCUUCAGCAGGGUGACAGAAAAUCGAGUCACAAAGAAUGGGUAUUGGAAGGAUUUAGAUACUGAUGAAACUGUACUCACAAGUGGUGAAAAGAAAGUGGGAAUCAAAAGAUAUUUUGUUUUCUGCAUUGGACAACCUCCAGCCGGCUUUGAAACGUCUUGGAUAAUGCAAGAAUAUCAUCUUUACAACCACAGGGAUAGUGGUAAAUGGGUUUUGUGCCGAGUUCAUGAGAGGGAACAGGGCAAUUUUGGAGAUCAUCACUACUACAGCGACAACGAAGAUAAUAGAACAGAACUUUCAAGCCCAGAUGAAAUCUGUCUAUCGAUCAUGGAUGAUGAUCUUGAUGAUCAAAUAAGUUUUGCCUAAAGAGUACUUAAUUUUGGCGUUGAAUUAAUGGGGAUUAACUACUGAUCAUCAUGUUAUAUUUAUUGUUAAUAUUACUACUGCUAGAUUAUCAUAUAUUAUAGAUUAUAUAUAUAUAUAUAUUAUAUGAGGAUGUUGAUCAUCAUGAUCUGAUCAUGAGCUUUAGAUUGCUAUAAAGUGUUAGGCCUUGUGAUUUCUUUAGAUGUGAAGCUUAGUGAAAGAGUUAGAUUGAUAUCUAUUUUGGAAAUAUGAUGCAUAUAUGGGUUCUGAUCUUUUGUAUUCGUUAAUUAUUAAUUAAGAGUAAUUAGGUUCAUA